GAGAUCAAACCGCGGAGCGAAGAAUUCUUGUUUAGUUCGAAAGGAUCGAAGGUUUCCGCAAAGUAUAAUCCAAGGAGCCUCCUCUCGGAUGUCCGAGGCUUGCUUUCCACUGGACUCCUAGAAGGAUUUAGGGUUACGUACAAGAAGGGCGAGGUCAAGAUUGAGGGGAUUAUACGAGAUCUCGGAUAUGUUUGUGGGUGUCAAGUGUGUAACUACACGAGUGUUCUCUCCGCGGUUGAAUUUGAGAAGCACGCCGGAGUGACAACGACCAACCAAAACAAUCACAUAUUCUUGAAUAGCAGAAUAUCUCUCUACAACCUAGUGAAAGAAUUGAAGGAUAGCCCUCUCCACUUGCUUGGCGACUUGAUCAGAGAAAAGAUCGGGUGUCCUCUCAAUUUGAAGUGCUUUGAGGAGUGGAAAGAUUCAUUUCAGAUGGUUGACGAUAUUUCCAACACUAACAAAAAUACUGAGAAAAUCAGACCAGAAUCUCAUAGUGAGCCUUAUACAGUAGAGAAAUCAGAAGUGUCUUCCAAUUAUGCCUACACUCGCCCCUCUCCUCCUCCGGCUGGUAGCAUGGGCCGCGGGCGGCCCUGUCGGGGCAGAGGCUCACCCUUGGGACCUUCAGACAGUCGCAACUUGCGCCCCGCCGGUUUUGUUUGCUCGAGGGUGUGCAUCGAAAGAUCUGUUGCUGAGGACGUUGCCAAUCUUGCUCUAAAAGCUGGCCUCACAACUAAGUUCGAGAAAGCAGCCACUGAAUGCUGCAUGGAUCCAACUUCUAUUGACAUUCUCAAUGUGAAGAGCUCGCCAAGAAUGGCCACAGCAUGCAGCUCUAGUUCGUUAUUAUCAACAUACUCGAAGGUGGCCCCCUCAGUGGCAGUUGCUGAAGGCACUCAUUUUCCAGAUUCAUAUCUUGUCACAGAUGGUGUGCAGCGCAAACAAAAUAGCUCUCUGACGGAAACUGCGUCUGAACUGAAAACAAGGCUGCCUAAUUUUCUGGAAUCUUCUGCUGCCCCUGUCCAACAGGAAACUGUUGCUCAUGGUCCUCAAAAGAAAAGGGAUAAUACUUUGCACAGAUUGGUUUUCGAACAAGGAGGUCUUCCCGAUGGAACAGAAUUGACUUACCGUAACAAGGGAGAGAUUUUGCUCUCAGGUUAUAAACAAGGAAAUAGCAUAGUAUGUCACUGCCACAAAGAGGAGUUUAGCCCUUCACAGUUUGAAGCUCAUGCAGGGAUGGGUCGAAGGCGCCAACCCUAUCUAAACAUAUAUACUUCUGAUGGGACGACACUACAUGAGUUAUGCCAGAUUCUAUCCAAAAAUACAAAAGCAAGUGUUGGCAGCGAGGAUCCUGCAAUUGGCAGCGAGGAUCCAUGCCUUAGCUGCAGUGAUGGAGGAGAACUGGUUUCUUGUGAUGGAUGCCAUCAACAUUUUCCUUCAGCUGGUAUGUGGUUAAAAGAUGCUCCUAAUGGUCCACACUGUUGCCCUGAUUGCUUUGAUCAGUCUCAAAGAGCUUUGAGCAUUUCCUCUUCAAAUGCUGUAAAGCCAACUAACCUUCGGUUAAGGCGCACUAUUGAUCCUGAAGCUGAAGAUGACAUUCACUGCACAAUCUGCAAGGAUGACAAAGCCAUUUUACAAACAAAAUAUGACGGAAGAACCAUCACUUUCUGUGGACAAUGUGGAAAAGCAUAUCAUGUUGGUUGUUAUGACCGAAGUCAUCCGGGAUUGAAAUUUAAGGAAGCCAUCAGCGACAAAUGGUUUUGUUGUACAGGCUGCAGCGCAGUUUGUGUUGCUUUGGAAAAAAUGCCUACUGAAGGAAAGAAGGUUCUUCCUGAUUGUUCCUCUAGUAUAUUGAAGAGAAAUUUUGAACAGAGAGGUUUGCAAAAUGACACUGUAGCUGCUGUACGCUGGCAACUUUUAAAUGGAAAACAUACUAAAGAUACGAGCCUGCUUAAAGCAGCCAAUAAACUUUUUCAAGGUGCAUUCGAACCUAUAUAUGUAGGAUCAAACGAGUUGAUAGAGCAGAUGGUUUAUGCUAAAGAGGCGCGAGAGGCAGGGUUAAUAUUCCACUCAAGUUGUUGUGCAGUACUAAUAGAAAAGUCAGUCAUCAUGUCAGCAGCAAUUCUGAGGGUACAUGGACGAUGUACUGCAGAGCUUCCUCUGGUUGUUACACGUAAAGAAUGUCAGGGAAAGGGAUAUUUUCAGACUCUCCUUUCGGUAAUUGAAAGAUUCCUAAGCGACUUGCAAGUGAAACUUCUCAUAACUUCUGUUGAUGAGCACACACAAUCCAUGUGGAUUAAUAAGUUUGGCUUUGUAAAAGUGACACAUGAGGAGCUAAGGAUGUUUAGGGAGCACCCCAUUCUGAAUUUCAAGGAGACAACCGUCCUGAAGAAGGCAAUUCCUAAUUCCUCUGCAGCAAGAAGCUGAGAUCCUAUUGUUUCAGCUUUUCAUUACUUCUGAACAUUGAACUAGAUGAAUGUUUCGCGGAUGCAAAGAUGCAUCUGCUUGGUCUAUUGGAGUACAUGACGCGACAACAUUUUGCCUCAGUUCAUUUCAUCACAAUUCAAACAAGUGCAUGCCCCUAAUAAAAUAAUUUUGAGCAUGGUUGAGGUUGACUGAGAUUUGAUGAGAGUACUCUUGACUACUGCAAAUUAAUAUAGUGGUUUAGUCUUAGUAUACUUACCUAAAGAUGGGAUUUACAAAUUAAUAUAGUGGCAUUUUGGUGCUUGUUUA